UUUAAUUUUGACACGCGGGUGAACCCGGAAGAGCAAAUUAGUGUUUACAGUCGCAUGCCGCUUGUAUUUAUUGUGUUAUUUUUUAUAAAAACUGACUAUAAGAUUCAACCCGCAAUUAAAUCCAUAGAAAAAGAAGAAGAAAGUGACUAUAACGCUCUCGUGGUGAUGAUGAGACGGCUGUACUGCACUGCAGGAGCGGGGAUGGAGGAGCUGCUGGCCGAGGAGCUACAGCACAAACUCUGCGCCACUCAAGUGGAGCAGAUUCCAGGUAGAGUUUUUUUCUGCAGCAAUGCUGAUCUACAAACCGUGACACAACUCAAGUCUGCAGAGAGGCUGUUUAUCCUCCUACGCAAAUCCGAAGCCCUCUCACUCCCCAACAACCCAGCAAAGGCAGCUGCUGUUAUAAAGCAGAGAGUUGUGGGAGAUCCAGACAUUUGGAGGCAGACCUUCUUAACCUGGACAGCCCUGCAACAAGAGCUUCAGAGCAGCAAGCAGCGUGGACAGAAGAGAAAGAGAGAGGAUGAAGAAGAGUGUAUGAACACACCAUCCUUCAGAGUGAGCUGCCGAUGUAGUGGAGUCAUUGCCCGCUCUUAUACCUCUCAGAGACUGAGUCGUAUCAUUGGGAUGGCCAUCAAAGAAGAUCUUGGGUGGAAGGUGGACCUAAGAGAUCCUGUUUUUGAGGUAAAUGUGUAUUUAAGCGAUGACCACUGCAUUGUAGGCAUCCCUCUCUUGAAGCAUCCUCUGUCUAGUCGAUCUUAUAUGAAACACAACGGGUUACGUUCUACGAUAGCCUGGGCCAUGAGCUCUCUUUGCCCUAAAAAGCUGAAUGAUUGUGUGAUUUUAGACCCAAUGUGUGGAGUUGGUUCUGUGUUGUUAGAAGCAGCUCAGGAGUAUUCAAAUGCUGUAUUUCUAGGCAUGGAUACAGACUUGUUGCAGUUGCAGAAAGCUGCAGAUAACGUCAAAUCAUCUGGAAUGGAAGGAAGAGUGCAGCUACUUCAGUCUUCUGCCAUGGAUAUCCCUCUUGCAGAUGGGGCAGUUGAUGCAGUGCUGUGUGAUGUUCCUUUUGGCAGGAAGUUCAGCUGCAGCUCUGACAUGCGAACUGCACUGCCACGCAUACUAAGAGAGAUGGAGAGGGUACUUCGUGUUGGUGGACAUCUUGUUCUGUUACUGAGUUUGCAGCUUUCUGCACAGCUUAAGAAGACAAUUUGCACACAUGAACACAAACAAAAUGUAAAUUCCUCAGACACAAAUAAUCUUCACACUGACGCCUCAAAUACACACAACGAAAGCACAGAAACACCAAAACCCUUAAUGUUUCACAAAUCAAGCUCUGAAAUGUCAAAUUCACUGUUAUUAAUUAGCUUAUUACAAGCACAGAGGACACACAGGGUUAGUCUGGGCAGCACAGACGCAUUUAUACACACCUACACCAAAAUAAAAACUCAAACACUCUCACACUGAAAUAAGAUAACCCUGAUACGCUUUUGUGGACAAUCAGAGAAUUAACAACAAAUGAGCAAGGUGCUAAUAAAAUCUAUUUAAAAGAUCCUCAUAUUGUCUUUCAUUA